AUGGACAUCAUUGGCCUAGAAUGCAGGGUUACACUUGAUGUUGUGACUGCCACAAGUGUGCUGCAGCAACGAGCCUCUGACAUUCGGAGUCAGAGGGUCAACUGGCGUUCUUAUUUGCAGUCUCAGAUGAUCAGCCAGGAGGAUUUCAACUUUAUCACAAACCUUGAGACCACAACUGAUGAGAAGCGAGGAUUAUUCCUGCAGGAUAAUCGUGCUCAGUGUGCCAAGACAUUCUUCAAUCUCCUUGGACACAUUUCAAAGGAUCAGACACUCCAGUAUCUCCUGGUCAUGAUUGAUGACCUCUUCCAGGAGGACAAAUCUCGGGUGGAGAUCUUCAAGGAGUAUUCAAAAAAGAAGAAGGAGAGUGUGUGGAGCCCAUUUUUGAACCUCUUGAAUCGUCCCGAUGGGUUCAUCAUGAAUAUGACAUCCCGCAUCAUUGCCAAGAUGGCCUGUUGGGGCAAGGAGCUCAUGGAUGGAUCAGACCUUCACUUCUAUCUCACCUGGCUCAAGGAUCAGAUGAGAUCCCCUGGAAACGAGUACAUGCAGGCAGUAGCAAGGUGCCUGCAAAUGCUCCUGCGCAUUGAUGAGUACCGCUUCGCUUUUGUGGGUGUGGAUGGAAUCAGUACAUUGGUGACUGUGCUUAGCGGGAAAGUGAACUUCCAGAUCCAGUACCAGCUCACCUUCUGUCUCUGGGUCCUCACCUUCAAUCCCAUGCUUGCUGAGAAGAUGAAUAAGUUCAAUGUAAUUCCAAUUCUUGGUGACAUUUUGAGUGAGUCCGUUAAGGAGAAGGUCACACGUAUGCUUCUGGCUGUACUCAGGAAUUUGCUGGAGAAACCUGAAGAAGAUAGUGUAAAAAGGGAGAAUUGUUUGGCGAUGGUGCAAUGCAAAGUACUGAAGCACGUGGAACUCCUCCAACAGCGCUCAUUUGAAGAUGAGGAACUCAAGCAGGACAUAGAGUUCGUCAUUGCCAAGCUACAGGCUUCCGUGCAGGAUCUCAGCUCAUUUGAUGAGUAUUCAAGUGAGGUGAAGUCAGGUCGACUUGAAUGGAGUCCAGUACACCGGUCGGACCGUUUCUGGCGUGAGAAUGCUGGCCGACUGAAUGACAAGAACUAUGAGCUUCUGAAGAUCUUGAUCCACCUCCUUGAGACAAGUAAAGAUCCACUUGUUCUCUGUGUGGCCAAUCAUGACAUUGGGGAAUAUGUUCGACAUUAUCCCCGUGGGAAACAUGUGCUGGAGCAGUUGGGAGGGAAAACACUGGUGAUGACUCACCUGACUCAUACUGACCCCAAUGUUCGUUAUGAAGCUCUCCUUGCUGUUCAGAAACUGAUGGUCCACAACUGGGAGUACCUGGGCCGGCAGCUGGAGAGAGAGGUUGGGAGCCCUCCUGGCACUGCACCCGGCGCUGUCCCUGCCGUUGCACGUUGGCUCCGGAUCGCCUGGCGUGUGUGCGAGAUUGUGGUGAAUGGUGGCGUCUGCAGCUUCGGGGAGGAGUCGCUGCUUGGGAAAAAAUGUGACCAAAUGGAUCUGCAGGAAGGAAAGUCCAUCACCGAGGAGCGACAGAAGUCUGUCCUCGAAUAUCGGAGCCGUUUGCAGAAAGGUGCUGGACCCUGGGGCGUCCCUUUCCUUGGUUAUGCGCCUUUCCUCCUCGGCACCUGCUUCUACGAGAAAUUCCAUCACAUGAAGAAGAAAUACGGCGACGUGUUCUACAUGUAUCUGGCCGGGAAAGACCUGGUGAUCCUCGGCGAAGGAAGCAUCAUACGGGAUGCAUUCUCCAAACCCAACCUCAACGACAGAUGCGACCUCGUCAUGUUCAGACAAUUCGCCAGUGGCAGUAACGGGCUCCUGGCAACAAGCGGAAAACUAUGGCACGAGAAUCGGCGAUUCACGAUGAAGGUACUCAGGGAAUUUGGGAUCGCGAAGGCGCCGCAAUUGAACGCCAUGAUUCUUCAGGAAGUCCUCAAGAUUUGCGAAAUCAUCAAACGGAAUAAGGACAACCCCCAAGAUCUUCAACAUCCGAUCAACGUGGCCAUAAUCAACAUGAUUUGGAAGCUGACCGCAGGGAAGCAGUUCGAAUACGACGACAGCGAGCUGAAGGAUAUCCUGGACCGUUUGACUGUCCUCACGGAAGAUGUCCUCAGCAUGGGACCUUUCCAUGUCUGCCCAUCGCUUCUCCAGUUCUGGUCUCCCGUCCGCAGGGCUUAUGAGCGGCUCGUUAAGGGGAUCUUUCGAGGGCCAGACUUCGAUAAGUUGUUGGGUUUCAUGCCGUUUUCGAUCAUAGCCAAAGAGGUGGAAAAGCAUAGACAGCCCUCGGAAGGAAAGGCUCCCAGCGACUACAUCGAUGCGUAUUUGCAGCAAAUGAAAGAGUUGGAGAAGAGAGGGGAAUCUAAUCCCAAUUUCACCGAGUUUCAGCUCUGGGCAAACGUAUCAGACCUCUUCUUCGCCGGGAGCGAGUCUACAACGCACUGCAUCCGUUGGUGCAUCCUCUUCCUACUCCGACAUCCAGACAAGCAAGAGAUACUCCAGUCGGAGGUUGAUCAGAUUGUGGGGAAGGAUAGACUCCCGUCUCUCGACGACAGGCAUCAAUUAACAAAUUUUGCCAGAGUGGAAGAAAAGAAAGAUGGAUCUCGUUCCCUCUCGCCCAUUCCUCUCGGGUCUUACGUGGAUUGCACGUGGUCCUUCGUCGGCUUCGUGAUUUUAAGUGCUUUCGGAGUGGAGUGCGGAGGCGGGAAUUAUUAUACCUGGGAGCCUCAGAUUUCCUAUUGCGUUUCCUUCGUGAUGAACGUGGUCGACAUGAGUCGUGGAUACGAGAUGAGACCGGAAAUCCACGAUCAAGUUUCAGAAGAGGCAUAUACGAAUCUUCUUGUCUCCAGCAUGGUCAUCCUUCUCGCGUUCAUCAUUUUUGAUUCUCUUCUCAUUCAUGGAGUUCGGAAGGGGAAGAGGAAACUAAUGAUACCAUGGUUGGCUCUGGAGCUCCUGGCGCUGAUCACAGGCAUAAUAAUUUUCGUCGUGGUUUUCUUAAUGCUCAUCGGGUUACUUGUCAUGACAAAGAAUGGUCUCUUCUUCAUCAUCUUCAUCGUCGUGGCUGUCGUUUUCUUAAUCGCAUAUUCCAUUGCUGUGCACUUCUUCCUCGUCGUCUACUCCCAUUUCAAGGAGCUCGAGAAUCUCGAUCAUGCCGGUGGAGAGCAUGGCUUCGAAGGCAAGCAAGAAAAUUUCAACGCCGAGUUUGUCUCAUACCGUUCGCAAAAGCAAGAAGUGUAAAUUUCACGGUCCAAAAGAGUUUCGUCGGACAUCCCUUCAUGCGAGGAAAAUGGGAGAUAACAGGACCGUCCGACUUGCCUACAUGAAUUUUUCAUUGUAUUUUAUUCUAUGACAAAUAACAGAUAUUGAUCCGGUCAAUGGAAAUAGGUGCACAUGUGAACAUAGCAAAAAAUACGGGCUUUCGUAAUUUCGGCUAAGUUCCAAUCAGCAAAAAUGACUUACUCGUCAAAUUAGUAAACAUACAAUUUCCUCAUGGCGGGAAAGACGAGGAAAACAUUAGUCUCAUUUGUCAUUGAAAGGAGGCCCACGAUUGGACUGGAAAGACCUUCAUUCAUCCGUUCAUAUUCAUUGUGUCACAAACGUUGCUUGCAUAAUUUAUGUGCUUGGAUAUUUUCAUUUUUGUAUUUUCAACAUUGGAUGUGAU